GGCCAGCUGGGGGGUGACGAAUGGACCCGCCACGGCAGCUUCGUCAAUAAGCCCACCCGCGGCUGGCUGCACCCGGAUGACAAGGUCAUGGGCCCUGGGGUCUCCUACCACGUCCGGUACAUGGGCUGCGUGGAAGUCCUCCAGUCCAUGAGGGCUUUGGAUUUCAACACCAGGACGCAGGUCACCAGGGAGGCCAUUGGGCUGGUGUGCGAGGCUGUGCCCGGUGCCAAGGGAGCCGUGCGGAGGAGGAAGCCCUGUGGCCGCUCCUUGAACUCCCUCCUGGGCAAGAGCAACCUGAAGUUCGCCGGCAUGCCCAUCACCCUGACCAUCUCCACCAGCAGCCUCAAUCUCAUGGCUUCUGACUGCAAGCAGAUCAUCGCCAACCACCACAUGCAGUCCAUCUCCUUCGCUUCUGGGGGAGACCCGGACACGGCCGAGUACGUCGCCUACGUUGCCAAAGACCCCGUCAAUCAGAGAGCCUGCCAUAUCCUGGAGUGCCCCGAGGGCUUGGCACAGGACGUGAUCAGCACCAUCGGGCAGGCCUUUGAGCUGCGGUUCAAGCAGUACCUGAAGAACCCCCCAAAGCUGGUGACACCCCAUGACAGGAUGGCGGGGUUCGAUGGCUCUGCCUGGGAUGAGGAAGAGGAGGAACCGGCCCCCGAUCACCAGUACUACAACGACUUCCCUGGCAAGGAGCCUCCCAUUGGGGGGGUCGUGGACAUGCGGCUGCGAGACGGGGCUGCUCAGACCCCCAAUCACUUGGGGGCCACGCUGCCCGUCGGCCAGACGUCCGGCGGGGAGUCAGACCCUCGGAAGCAGCACGCUCCUGCCCAAGGGAGAGAGAAAUACCCAGCUCCAGCGGGCACGUCCGGCCGCACGGACCUGUUCGAUGACCCGUCUUACGUCAAUGUGCAGAACAUGGACAAGACACGCCAAGUGUCGGCCGGUGGCACCCCUGCAACUGCCAACGGCAGCGCCCAGAGAGNNNCUCUCUCUGCAGAGCCCUUUGAAGAUGCCCUGCGUGUCCCUCCGUCUGUGCCCGUGGGGCUGCCCCCUGCCCAGGUGGUGGCCUCCAUGGAGGAACAGCUGCGACGGGAGCCCUGGUACCAUGGGAAGAUGAACCGCAAAGAGGCCGAGAAGCUGCUGAAGGUGAACGGAGACUUCCUGGUGCGGGAGAGCACCACCACCCCGGGCCAG